AUGACAUGUGUUCUGUUUAGUGCAACUAAUGAAAAAAAUACUCAGUCCGGUGACUUUCUGUAUCUGAGAUUAGGUGUUUCAAGUGUGGGUGAACUGCGUAAUGCUCUUGGCGCCACCCUCGAUGUUACACCUAAGAAACAAGCUUCCUCAGAGUACACAUCUGAUGGCAAUGAGAAACCUGUUCACAAGGAACCAGACAGCCUCGUAUACACUGAUUCAUCCACAUUCUUGAAGGGUACACAAUCUUCAAAUCCCCACAAUGACUACUGCCAACAUUUUGUGGACACGGGUCAACGACCACAGAACUAUAUUCGGGAUGUAGGACUCGCUGAUAGGUUUGAAGAGUAUCCUAAACUUAGAGAACUCAUCAAAUUGAAGGAUGAACUCAUCGCCCGGACUGCAACACCACCUAUGUACUUAAAAUGUGACUUGAAGACAUUUGAUCUCAAGACGAUGGGCAGUAAGUUUGACGUGGUGCUAGUGGAGCCUCCGCUGGGAGCCGGCUGGCGUUGGAGGGACGUGCUGGCUCUAGAGCUACAUCACCUGGCUCAGCCGCGCUCCUUUGUGUUCUUAUGGUGUGGCAGCUCCGAAGGUUUAGAUAUGGGAAGGGAAUGUCUGAAGAAAUGGGGAUUCCGUCGUUGUGAGGACAUAUGCUGGAUCAAGACUAACAUCAAGAACCCGGGACACUCCAAGAACUUAGAACAUAACGCGGUGUUCCAGAGGACCAAGGAACACUGUCUGAUGGGCAUCAAGGGUACGGUGAGGAGGUCCGUUGAUGGAGACUUCAUACACGCGAACGUUGACAUAGACCUCAUCAUAUCUGAAGACCAAGAGUUUGGCAGCACUGAGAAGCCCAUAGAAAUAUUCCACAUCAUGGAACACUUCUGUUUAGGACGGAGAAGAGUGCAUCUCUUCGGCCGUGACUCCACGAUCCGCCCCGGCUGGGUGACCAUCGGCCACGAGCUCACCAAUUCCAACUUCAACGCGGAGCUGUACGCGUCCUACUUCACGGACGGCCGCGACACCACUGGCUGCACGGAGCGGAUAGAGGCCCUCCGACCGAAGAGCCCUCCCAACACUAGCAAGACGCGCCCCCGGGGCCGGGGGGGCUUCAGGGGCCGCGGGAGGGGGCGGGGCGCCCUCUAG